AAAAAAUGUAAGCACAUAAGACUAUGUUCCCUGGUUGUUUUUCUCUCCAUAACAACACUUAAGACAAUACAGCAGUUGUGAAGGGCCAAUUCAGAUUAUUUACUUAAAGCGACAGUUCACUCCGAAAUUAAAUAUACAUAUUUCUCCUCUUACCUGUAGUGCUAUUCAUCAGUCUAGAUUGUUUUGGUGUGAGUUGCCAUUGUCGAGCAGUUGUUUGGAUUAGAACAAACAAUGUGAUAGCAUCAAGAAGGCCAACCCCAUGUUUCUCAACAUUUUUUUCUGACAGGGCAAGGUGGUGCUCCAAAGGUGUGGCAGAGAAAGAGACACUCUCCCAUAAAAGCAGGGCUGCACUCUGGAUGGUGGAAGACUAUUGCUAACUGCAACAGUGCAAUUGUGUGGUGGAAGAACCUGAACUACACUUACAUCAUAAAGGGUUAGGACUUUUUGUUCUAGUACUAAUCUUGCUCUGCAGGUAUAAGGCUGGCUUUGUGAGGAACCCCUGAACAGAUCUACCAUUAAGUGUUUCGAAGACACCUGGACUUAAGGAAUCCCUGUUUUAAUUUGUUACUUUGUCUUCUUCACCAACAAGACAUGGUGCUUUGGAUUAUCUUCCCCAUCGCCCUCUCCCUGGUGUCCUUCAUUGGAACAUGGACUGUAUAUGGCCUGGCUUUCACCAACAAUCAUGUGUGCUCUCUCAGUGACUGGGGGAGUGACAACUACUGCAAAGGGAAUCAGUCCACUGGAUGUUGCCUUGUUCCCACUAUAAGCUCAAGUGGAACUAGUGCACCAGAAAAUUCACUUUUUACAGCCACAAUCAAUGCGGGAUCCUUUCUGUUUCUGCUGUUCAGUAUAUUCCACCAUGCCCACAUUAUGGAGAGACACACAUGUCAUUCCAUGCUGAGCAGGUUUGCACUGGUAUUUGGUGUGGUGGCAGCCUUGGGGGCAUUCACAGCUGGAAACUGUAAUCCAGGUUACCUGGCACUCCUUCACUACCUCGGAGCUGCCAUCAGUUUCAUGUGCAUCUGCUUCUACACUGUCCUGCUCACUGCGCUGACUGGGAAGUGUUUGCUGACAGGAUAUGAGAAGAUUCUCUACCCGUUACGCAUCGCCUCCACUGUGGUUCAAACAAUUGUCACCAUCUGCUAUACUGUUUUGUUCGCCCAGGACGAGUACUUUUACAUUCACUUGUCGGCUAUAUUUGAGUGGAUGCUCAGCAUUAACCUGGAGCUCUUUGAGCUCAGCUUCGCCGUGGAAUUUUGCUUCUUCUCAUCCUUCAUGCUUUCAAAUCUGUUGAGCAAACGUGAGGAAGAAAAGCCUUUAAUGAUGACGAUGUCCUGAUAUGAGGCCACUAGGGUCCAGCUGAAGCACAUAAGCAGUGAGGAUGGACUGAGUAAGACAUCUGUUAAGACAUCUGUGGUUAGACUGGAGAUGGAGGACCAAGUUUUUUUUUCCAUCACUCUGCUGGGAUGGUUUUAUAGCCAUUUGUGGAUUAUGAGCACUUUUAUUCCACCCUCUUGAUACUGCUGCCUAAAAUUAUGAUUUUCUUUACUAGGCAUUUCUCUUCCCCAUUCCUUACUGUAUUUCUUAUUCAUUAUUUAUUGAAACAAACUUCUUCUUGUACAGCAAAUGAACAAAACGUAUCAGCCAUAGCAUAAGCUUAUGCUUUGACAACAGAACAAUUAACCUGAUGUUUCAUAUUAUA